AUGGGUGGAUCGUUGCUUCUUCACAUGCUUGAUCUUUCAAACAACAAACUUGUAGGGAAAAUCCCAAAUGAGCUAGGAAAUUUGAAAUCGCUCUUUAACCUGACUUUGAGCUGUAACAAUCUUUCUGGGGAAAUUCCUCCAGGAAUUGGAAUGUUGCCUGAUCUAGCCUAUCUUGAUCUAGCCCAAAACUAUCUAAAUGGUCCAAUUCCUGUCCAGCUGGCUUACUGCUUGAAAAUGAUUUACCUGAACUUGAGCAGCAAUCAACUCAAUGGAAGCAUUCCCCACGAAUACGGUGAUUUGGUGUCACUACAAGUUGCAUUGGAUCUAAGUAGAAACACAAUCUCGGGGGAAAUUCCACGGCAACUUGGAAAUUUGAUAAAGCUGGAGAUAUUAGAUCUUUCCAACAAUGAGCUCACUGGUCCAAUCCCAUCAACUCUUGACAAUUUGAACAGUCUGAGGCUGGUUGAUGUGUCCCAUAAUGACUUGGAAGGCCCUCUUCCUAACAACCAAGCCUUCCUAGUGGCUCCGGCAGAAGCAUUUCAAGGUAAUGCCGGAUUAUGCGGUAACCAUUCUGGCUUAAAGCUCUGUCCUUCUUCAAUAGAAAGUCAAAAAGAGAGAAGAAUUAGUAUAUUGGUAAUUAUGAUGCCUCUUGUCGGAGUGUCGAUAAUUCUUAGUAUCAUCGUUAUCAUUCUCUAUACCAUGAAGAGGGGGAAGACAAAAAUGAGUGAAGGAUCUGAGGAUUCGCAUCGUGGUAAUCUAUUCGCAGUUUGGAGCUAUGACGGGAGAUUAGUAUAUGAGGACAUCAAGGAAGCAACUGACGGCUUUGACCAUAAGUACUGCAUUGGUGUAGGAGGAAGUGGGAGUGUUUAUAGAGCAGAACUGUCGACAGGUCAAGUCGUGGCGGUGAAGGAGCUUCAUACUUCCCACUGUUUUAAUCUGCAAAGUCCAAAUAUCUUCGAGAAUGAGGUAAGGGCGUUAACGAAGAUCAGACAUCGGAAUAUCGUUAAGCUGUAUGGUUUCUGUUCACACACCGAACGGUCGAUCUUGGUUUACGAGUAUUUGGAGAGGGGGAGUCUGGCCAAGAUCCUGAAGGACAUGGAGCAAGCAAAAGAUUUGGAUUGGGCAAAAAGAAUUAAUGUGGUGAAAGGGGUUGCCAAGGCACUCUACUACUUGCAUCAUGAUUGUAGGCCUCCUGUUAUUCACAGAGACAUAUCAAGCAACAAUAUAUUGUUGGACAGGAAAUAUGAAGCUCGUGUUUCUGAUUUCGGAACGGCCAGACUUCUAAAGCUGGAUUCCUCCAAUUGGACAGGGCUCGCCGGAACAUACGGGUAUAUCGCUCCAGAACUUGCCUACACAAUGAAAGUCACGGACAAGUGCGACGUUUUCAGCUUCGGAGUAACAACACUAGAAAUAAUAAUGGGUCGUCACCCUUGCGAGAUGACGUGCUCUCUUUCAUCUUCCUCACCAUUGGGCUCAUCCUCCACAUCAGCAUCUGCAGCAUCGUCGUUGCUGCCGUCGCAUGUACAGACUCUGCCUUUCAACAAUUUGUUGGAUGAGCGUCUGCCAGUACCCACUCCGGAGAUGGCCGAGGAAGUAGCGACCAUCAUAAAGCUGGGCUUCGCAUGUCUAAAUGCUAAUCCUCUUCUCAGGCCGACCAUGGAGCAAGUUUAUAUGGAGCUAUUGGCUCGAAGGUUACCUUCCAUCGAGUCGCUCCAUGAAUUAGCCUCAGGACAAGUCCAAAACUCAGGGGUACAAGAACAAGAGGACAAGACGCGUCAGUGA